UCUUAGAUGCUUCCACAUUGACUCAUUCUUUCCUAAGUGAACUGUUUUGCCUCAGUCUGUAAGAUCAUAGUCUCUUACCCAAGUGUGUACUGUCUUCAUGAGUAGUCACAGUACCGUAAGUCUCAGAGAUAAGUCAUAAAAUGAAUUAUAAAUCUUAGUGAGUAAGGACGCGCGUGUGAAGUGGCUAUCAGGGAACAAAUAAUGCUUCCCAGUUAAGCAGGGACAAACUUAACAGAUGCUUUUUGUUAGGUAAUUUCAGGGUUGCUUAGGAUAAAAGUCAGUGUUAGCUCUGAAGGUACUACAGAUUAUCAUUGACUUUAAUCGGCGCAUUUGCUUGCUGAGAGUUGGAGGCACAUAACCACCAUGGAAGCAGACACAUCCUUGGAGAGUUACUUGGAUCAGUGCAGUGCAGAUGAUGACGUAACAGCAAGCAGUUCCCAACUGUAUACUCCCAUGAGUCCUUUUGAUACAGACUUGCCAAUUCACCCAAUUCAUGAAUCUACUCUCAUUUCCCAGUUUAAUCACACUAAGGAACUUUCUGCAGACUUUUCAUCAGUAGACCUAAGCUUCCUACCUGAUGAGCUGAGCCAGUCGGAGACUCCUGAUAAUUCCAAGGGCAAUUCAGAAGAGCAAGGUGUACAACUCGGUCAGGAAAGUGGUCUUGGUGCAUCCAUUAAUGAGACAGAAAAUGUUGCUCCCACACAUUCAACUCACCCUGUGGACAGUGCGGAUGCUAGCGUACGUUCUGAAUCCUCAUCAGUCUGCUACUUGCCAAUUACUCCUAUGACCCCAAUGACCCCUAUGACACCUGUUACAGAGAGUUCUGGGAUAAUUCCUCAGUUACAAAACAUUGUUUCAACUGUGAAUUUAGCUUGCAAACUGGAUCUGAAGAGAAUAGCUCUACAAGCAAGAAAUGCAGAAUACAAUCCUAAAAGAUUUGCUGCAGUAAUAAUGAGAAUCCGAGAGCCAAGAACAACAGCGCUUAUCUUCAGCUCAGGAAAAAUGGUUUGCACUGGUGCAAAAAGCGAGGAGCAGUCCCGCCUAGCAGCCAGGAAAUAUGCUCGUGUGGUACAGAAGCUUGGAUUUCCAGCCAGGUUUCUUGACUUUAAAAUACAGAACAUGGUUGGAAGCUGUGACGUGAUGUUCCCUAUCAGACUAGAAGGCCUGGUUCUAACUCACCAGCAGUUUAGCAGUUAUGAACCAGAGUUGUUUCCCGGUCUUAUUUACAGAAUGGUCAAACCAAGAAUUGUCCUGCUUAUUUUUGUAUCUGGAAAAGUUGUACUAACUGGUGCGAAGGAUCGUUCAGAAAUUUAUGAAGCAUUUGAAAACAUCUAUCCUAUUCUGAAGGGCUUUAAGAAGUCAUAGCUCAUUAAUAUGCCAAAAACACUUAAAACAGAUUGUAAAGAAAAUUCAUGGAUGUAGAACAUAAAAUGAAUAUAUGGACAAGUCUCAUUGGAGUUUGUGUUUAAAUGUACAGAAAAGAAAAGUUGUUCAUUCUAAAUUAUAAUAAAAUAUGUAUGUGCAUCAGUUAACUUGGUUAAAUAUUUAUUGCAUAUUUUAUUUUUGCUUGUGUUAAAUAUAUGUAAGACAGAUCUUGGUUCUUGUUGCAUUGUACAGCCUGAUCUGUAAUUAAACACAUGUUGGAUAUAA